AUGAUGCAGACCGCCAUUCAUAAGCCCGUGGCUAUGACACUCUUACCUGAAACCUCUUCCCCUAUUACCUCCCUCAAAGGACCUUCUUCCUUUGCUAUCACUUCUCCUGUCCAAAACCUGCCCCCGGAGCCCUCUCAUGCCGUUGCCAUUAUAUAUGGCCCCAAUCAGGAGGCUAUCGUCCAAGUUGUCGCUGAAAUCCUGGGAAAGCCAUGGACAACGGAAUCAUCCCUGUCCACGCUUGGCCGGGGCAGUAAUGCUGUCGUGACCGGGAUAUUGGCAGAUGACCUGGGUCGCGCUCUGGAAGGGUGCGCGAAGCCUGCCAGUAUCUUAAUCAACACGCACUGCGUGGAUGAUGGAUCAUUUCCAGAAGAAUCACUCACCGACCGCUGUGACUAUGAGUUUCUCUAUUCCCUUCGGAGUCCUUUCUUUCGCCGCGAUCUAACCCGGUUUUUGUCUUUGAUCCUGGGCCAAACCAGGCCACACGAAGAUUUGAAGACCAAAAACCGCACUAACUUUAUCUCCACGACCUUUCCGGACGUCCAUGCGGCGCUACCCAAUCUUGACAUUCUGUCAGUGGGUUCUGAUGCAGUCGAGAUCCGUGUAGAUCUAUUGGUUGAGCCCUCGCCUGUGGGUAUCUCCAACCGGGUACCCAGCCUGCGGUACGUGGGCCAGCAGUUGAUGUUGCUUCGGCAGCAUACUGAGCUGCCAAUCAUCUUCACCACGCGGUGCACUAAGGAGAAUGGUAAGUUCCCUAUGGAUGAUCCGGGACUAUUUUACAGGUACCUUCGCCGGGCGAUCCAGUGGGGUGUCGAGUAUAUAGAUGUCGAACUGUGGCUUCCAGAGGAUAUUCGGAAACAGUUGGCGGAAGUCAAAGGAAAUAGCAUCAUCAUGUCAGCAUUUCAUGAUUUCUCAGGGACGUGGAAAUGGACAUCCCCCGAGGCACCGCGGAUUUUCGCGGAAAGUGCCAAAUAUGCGGACAUUGUGAAGAUGAUUGCUAUGGUCAAUACGGUCGAGGCCAAUUACGAACUUGAGUAUUUUCGCUCAACGAUCAAGAGGGCCCAUGGGUCGUACCCCCUCCUGUCGGCUGUCAACAUGGGACAGAUGGGCCAGCUCUCACGAGCACUCAACACUGUGUUUUCACCUAUCACGCAUCCGCUAUUGCCGAUGAUUGCAGCGCCGGGACAACUGACCGCGGCGGAGAUUAACGAGGCUCUUCAUAUUAUGGGACAGCUGCCCAAGCGCGACCUGUACGCCAUCGGAUCAUUUCGCUCAACACCGCAGUCGAUGUUUAUGGAGAAAUGUUUUAACGAACUGAGCCUGCCGCACACCCUGACUUCGAUUGACCGUGGACCCAUGGGUUCCUUCGAACGAGUGAUUACCCAGCCCUCCUUUGGUGGAGCAUCGGUGCAUCCGCCUAUCUCGAGCAGCACCACAUGCAUUCCAGCCAUCAGUGAUGCUGCCCGUGCGAUUGGAUUAGUCGAUACGAUUGUGGCAGCCAAAAGCGCUGCACCAAAUGCUCAGUUGAUUGGGGAGAAUGCGACAUGGAAGGGGAUCCGGGCAACGUUAACCCGAGAUUAUGUCCCGUCGGCAUAUCGUGGCCGAGCGGCGAUUAUUUUAGCAGGUAGUGAGAGUGAGGCAUCAGCAGCCAUCUUUGCACUGCGCAGCUUAGGCGUUGGAGCGAUCUACACGGUGGGGUUCCGGGCAAGCGGGCCGCUGGCCGAUGGAUUAGAGCCAUUCACGUCGAUCCAGUCAGUGAAACUGGUUGAGCAGCCUUUUGUGAUUGUAUCCGCGCUGCCGCCAGAGAAGUCGCUGCUGGUCCAGCCGCUGUUGCGACACUACCGAACGAGUGGUCGAGCCUCACCACCAUCUACACGGGGGAAAGUGUACCUCGACUUGACUCGAGGUGAACGCACGGGGGACCCCGUAGGAGUCGCUGUGCGUGCGGGGUGGACAGCAUACGGAAUUGAAGAUGUGAAUGCAUGGACAACUGUGGAGACGCUGCGACUGCUGGUGGGACAGAAUGUACCGUUUGAUUUUGUGCGAAUGGCGUCAGAAUCUUGCUUAUACUUCUCCCCGUAUAUUUACCUUUUGUGUCUACCCUAUAUUCACCGGUCUACCUGCACAAACAGGCAUAUGUCAUGUAAUGUGGCCAUGUCCCGGCCUCAGGUCAGCAUCGACCGGCUAACUCCCCGCCGAGUCAAUGCCGAACCGCGAGAGUCGAUGAAUUGCAAGUCAUGUCGGAAGAGAAAGAUCAAGUGCAACCGACUGCGCCCAAGUUGUGAGGCUUGCAAGGUGUUUCAGUGCCCUUAUGCCGUACCGAAAAAACGUGGCCCUAAAACAGAUGUCUUGGAGGCCCUCCUUAAGCGCGUCGAUGGUUUGGAAAAGCGACUACAGGAUGACAAUCAUCCCCUGUCGCCCACCUCCUCUGCCUCUCCUACUAAGUCAAUGGAGCAACUGGCGGCACAGGUGAACUUUCACCCUCCACCUCCAUCGCAUACAUUUCCCCCACCUCCGACGCCUCAGCAAUCUUCUCAGAGUCACAGGCUACCUGACUCAAUGCUGGACGUUUACUUUGCUCGACUUCAUGGCAAGCCCUACUUUAUCUUGGAUGAGUCUGCCACCCGCCAGCUACAUCAGCGAGGACAAUUGCCCGUGUGUUUAUCCAUGGCUAUCCAUGCUCUGACGAUAAGAUAUACCGUUCUCAACCCUUCUCAAGGUCUAGACUAUGCUUGCCAGGCCCGACGCUUAGUGGACAUUGAUGAUCCCUCUAUUGAGGGGUUGCAGACUCUUCUACUAUUAUCGCAGACCUUUUUCGCUUAUGGUUAUGGUAGAAAGGCCUACAUGGCAUUGAGCAAUGCUGUUGCUAUGGUCUUGGCUUUGGACCUGUAUCGUGAACUACCCGCUCAAAGCCCGUCACGUAGUUCAGAACGUGAGAUGAGGCGUCGUCUCUUUUGGACGGCUUAUACCAUGGAUCGCUUUCUUACUUGUGGCUCUAAGCGGCCCUGUCUUCUCGCUGAUCAUUCCAUCGUGCUACGAUUACCUUCCGCUGGACCGGAAACUGGCGAAUGGUUUAACCCGGUCGGUCCUAACAUCCAGUUCACAUCCGACCGUCGCAAGGGCCCAGGAGCCGCUGCUCUUUUGGUCGAUAUCACUCGAAUUCUGGGCGUCACCCACCGCUACUUAGCUGCUGGAGGUGUCAAAGGUGACUCGCACUUUCCUUGGCAUGCUCUCUCCAACUUGUCCAAGAUCCGUCAGGAACUUGACAUCUGGGCGGCCGGCACGCAGGAUUUAUUCGCCUCAAUCGAGGCCCUGUUUGGUCAUCCAGAGAGCACACUUCUGCUUCUCAGCAAAUUAAUAUAUCACCUAGUCCAUUGCCUGUUGUAUCGACCGUUUCUUCCUAUUGACCUCGCUGAGCUCCGCGGGACGGGCCAGCAUCAGUCGUGGCAGAUUGAGGCUACCACACUUUGUUUCUCGCACGCCAAUGCUAUCGCCGAGUUGGUUGAGCUGGCGCGCCAUGCGCCGCGCAUUGAAUGGCCGGACUUAAUAGCCUACUGUGUCUGCACCGCUGGUACUGUUCACAUUCACGGCGUUCAUUACAAUGGCCGCGAAGGUGAAGUAUUCGCAUCGAGUGCUGACUUCCUUACGCGUGAGAUGAACCAGCUAACAUGGCUGCGUCACUCCUGUUCGGGAGUUCAGCAUCAGCGCGAGAUGCUGCAAGCCAUUUCGGCAUGCCAUGCAGGUCUGGUGCGAACAUUAGCUGCGCGACCGGUGCGGUUCGCGCCAGUCUUCCAUCUGGAGGAUUUCUUCGAUCGGUAUCCAGGAUUAGCUGUUGAAGGAGCGCAUGUAAGAUUAGUGGAUAUAGAUGACCCAGCGAUUUAUCCGGCGAUCCCACCAGCUACGCCAACUCUCCCAUCACAAGCCGGUCGAAGCAACUCGAUCAGCUUCAACCCACCUCAGCCAUCACCCUCACCGUGGCUUGGCCCCGAUCUGAGCCUUCCAGACGGCGGUCUCGGGUUCUCUCCGUCCGCGGUAAACACCUCUCCAGCCGCAUUCCUCUCCGAAUCAUUCAACGCACCCACACCACCGUCACAACCGCAAUACGCCACUUUCCCCUUUGAAGCGUCCGUUCCGGGUACAGCUUUGACGCCAGACGCUCAGUCCCAGGGUAGCGCCUCGGGGGCGGGAGCGGGGCCGGGUGAGCAAAGCUCGUCCGAGAAGGACCCAUUCCUAAGCUUGUUGGAGCAGCUAGCGGAAAAUGAGCACUCGCAAGGGGGUCCGAGCGAGUUGGACUUCUUUCUAGGGGAGAGCUUAGAGGCACCGGGGGAAGGAUGCCAGGAUGAACUUGAAGUUGUUGAUGCUUAG